UGUCAUUGAUCUUAGGUGAGUCCAUCCUAACUAUAGUGAGCAACUCUUCUUCCAUUCUUAAAGCUCACCUAGAGGUUAAAGAAGACAAAGUAAGGCAUUAUUGUUCUAGAGAAAUUAAGUCUCAACCAACUUCAUCAACUUUUAUUUAAUAUCUAAUCUUUCUUGCCGGCUCCAACAACCACCAAACCAUUUUGUCAUAAUUUAAACAAUUGAACCGGAAAUAUUCAGUGCCCAAAAAGACAUUAAAGAAAAAAAAAAAAAAAGAAAAAAAAAAGAGAGAGUGAUGGCAGAGAAGGCCAUUAUUACUAACUGGCUCUUCUUAACAUAUUUCAUGCUUCAAAUCCUUAAGGUGGUGUGUGCAAAUGUUCCAGCCAUUAUUGUGUUUGGAGAUUCUUCUGUAGACUCAGGUAACAACAACCAGAUUUCAACAAUCUUAAAGAGCAACUUUGAGCCUUAUGGCCGGGACUUCUUCGGCGGCAACCCCACCGGGCGGUUUUCGAAUGGCCGGAUCCCGACGGACUUCAUCUCCCAAGCUUUCGGCCUCAAACCAACGGUUCCUGCUUAUUUGGAUCCAGUUUAUAGCAUUAAGGAUUUUGCCACUGGGGUCUGCUUUUCCUUAGCAGGAACUGGUUAUGACAAUGCCACUUCUGAUGUCCUAUCUGUGAUACCUUUUUGGAUGGAACUGGAGUAUUACAAGCAAUACCAAAAUGAUCUAAGAAACUAUCUCGGCGUUGAGCAAGCUAAUGGGGUUAUAAGUGAAGCACUUUACCUACUUAGCUUAGGAACAAAUGAUUUUCUGGAGAAUUACUACAUAAUCCCAGAUGGAAGAUCGUCUCAAUUUUCCAUCGAGCAAUACCAAGAUUUUCUAGUGGGAAUUGCGAGGGAUUUCGUCACAGAGCUUUACUAUCUUGGAGCAAGAAAGAUAUCUCUAGGUGGGCUUCCUCCGAUGGGGUGUUUGCCAUUGGAGAGAACCACAAAUAUCUUCUUCGGGAGUCAGUGUAUUGAGGAGUACAACACUGUGGCUCUACAAUUCAAUGGGAAGUUGCAGGCUUUGGUAGAAAGCCUCAACGCGACACUCGUUGGAUUGCGACUCGUCUAUUCGGACCCCUAUGAGAUUCUCUACGACAUGAUUCAAAAUCCAAUCUUUUUUGGAUUUGUUGAUGCAAAUGUAGCAUGUUGUGGCACAGGAUUGUUUGAGAUGGGAUAUUUGUGUGACCAAAUAAACCCAUUCACCUGUUCAGAUGCAAACAAAUAUGUAUUUUGGGAUUCCUUCCAUCCCACAGAGAAAACCAAUGCCAUUAUAGCUGAUCAUGCAGUGAAAAAUUCCCUAUCUCAGUUUCUAUAUUGGUGACUGUUAUUAGAACAUUUAUUAGCUCGUCAGUGUAAUUUGCAUUGUAGCAAUAAUGUUUUUCUGGUACACCAAAUAUUUCUACU